UAAUAUGGUCGGUCAAGAUUUCGGAAAAAUAUUAUGACGUAAUUUCUGUCGCCUCUCACAAAUGAGGCUAGCGUCAUCACGUAUGUGAAAGUACCAUUUUUGUUUCGUGAGUUUUCAGCUCGAUUCUUCUCAAAUGAGUGUGAGAAAUUCUUUUCCUACGGUACAGAUCCACAGUUCACCAAUAAUAUUUACAUCGAACGGGGUAUCGGCGGGCUCAAGCAACGGGAGUAUACCAUCGUUGGAUCGUAAGCCAAUACUGAUUUCUGGUUCUAGCCGUCGAUUCAGGAUGGGUCCAUUGGACAAGCCGAAAAGUGCAUCCAAUGAACAAAAAGAGGAGUUAGUCCGUAUUUUCGAGGAAUAUAAUGAAGACAUAAAAGGGGAAAAUCCAGAUUCCGAUUUCAAGGAAAGACAACGGUUUUGGAUCGAUGCAACGCACCGACUGAACAAUAUCCCUGGAGGAACGGUGAAGUCGACAGCGAAAUGGGUCAAAUAUUGGGCCGACGUGAUAAUAAACCUAAAAAGGAAAUGUCGGCUCAUAGCCGAGGGAAGAUCGAGAAAAACUGCGCCAAAUCCACUCGAGGUGAGGAUCCUUACAGCUGCCGGAAAUUUCGAUAUUCUGGACUUGUGGAAUAAAGCCAUCGGACAACAAAGUGUUGCAGGCCUCGAAACACCAACUAUGUCUAACGAUCAUGAGGAAUAUUUUCCAGAUGAUACAGGUGUUCAAAAAGAGGAAAUUGUGAUAGAACAUUAUUCAGAAGAUCCCCUGGACGAGGAAUUUGUUGCUAGUUUUUCGAAACCCGUUGUAACGGAACACACACAAGUGGAUGUUGCAUCGCAGUUGGAGAUUCGAAAACCUACGAACGAAGAGCUGAAAACUAUGGCAGAAGCAGCAGCGGUGACCACCGCAGAGUAUGUCGAAAUGACCACAUCCGCGCUAGAAGGUACCAGCGAAUUUCUCAAACCAAAAAUAGUGCGACCAUCCCAGGAAAGGCUGAGAGAAGAUUUGAAACGCACGUCAGAGAAACUUGAAUCUGUGAUUAAGAAACGACGAUUAGACGAUUCCAAGUAUGCUAUUGCCCAAGCCCUGACCAAUAUGUCGGCUGCGCUGCUACAGCUCUCGAAUGGUCUCAAUGAUCUGGCCAAUGCCAUCACCGAUGAUGCAAUGUAGAAUUACGAGUGAAUUAAGGAUUUAUUUUAAGACCAUGCUAUUAUAAGAAUCUAAAGUGGAAUAUCAGUCAAAACCAGUGUAUAUGUAUUGACCGACCGGCCCUUGUUCCAACGGGUUUGGAUUAAAGUUAGGAUGUGCUAUAGUGAUGAAAAUUUUAAUUGUAAAUUUCCAAUAAUUAAACUGAAAAUUUUACACGCUCACUGCCAAUAAAUUGAAAUUGUUUAUUGGCAUUCUUAUUUGAAUCAAUCAGAAAAAUAUGUGAUUUUAAUUUAUUAAUGAUUUCGCGUCAUUUCAUCUACUUUUGCAUAUUUUGCAACGGGUUUUUUCCAAAUCGUUUAUUCGUAAGGCUCAAUCGCAGAAGCUUUACGGAGCCGCUAAUUCAGUUUUGUUUACAUUAAUUAAUCUUAAAUCUAUGGUUAGAAGGCUUCGACCGAUUACUCGCGGUUUACUCGAGGUUAAGGGGGUAACAAGUUUGUGGGACUGGUCAGGUUUGGGAUAUGAAAAUUGGAUAAAGUUGUCUCAACCGAGAGUUGCCACUCGCACUGUAGAGUUGUGCAUUAGGACUAGGGGUGGCAUCUGGUAUUCGACUGGCUGUCGAAGGUGAGAUGAGGGGACAAGACAAACAAACUAAUAACGAAAAAGAAAAAUAUAAAGGCAUUGAAUUCUUAUACUAGGCCGUUUCACAAACAUAUAGAUCGACUACAUAUAGCAGAUGUCGCGAGUUCCCAACAUGUCUCUGAUAGGAACAUAGGGUUGUCUACCUUGAGGCUCAAGGACAUUCAAAAGGUACUUUCUGGCUGCGUAAUUAUCCGUUCAUUGCCAAACCGCGUGAUCGAACCGUUUCCACACCGACAGACAUUGCUUCGAACAAGAUUUAUUCUGUAAACAUGCACAUCUAACGAGUAGUGGUUGGACAUAAGUCUACUCAUUACACGAAUGGAGUCACAACUUACGUCCAAACCUUUGAACCACGCUCUCAAAAAAACAUUUGGAAUAAUUGAAUAUAACCACCGCCCAAGAUUUCCAGUGUCCCAAUCGGUUUG